AAAGAAGGAAAGCGAGAGAGAGAAACAGAGAGAGAGAGAGAGAAGGGGGGGAAGAAGGAAGAGUGCGGAAAGAAAGGGGCAUUCGGGAGCGAUGAGUUUCUGCCGCUUCGCGUUGGUGCUUUGGCUGCGGAUCGCGGCGGUGCGGGUGGUCGCCGGCAAACAAGCCCUCCGUUACCGGGUGGCCGAGGAGGGUCCGGCCGACGUCCGGAUCGGGAAUGUGGCCACCGAUCUGGUGAUCGCGACGGGCCCGGGGUCGGGCGAGGUGACGUUCAGCCUGGAGUCGGGCUCCGACUACUUCAAGAUCGACAACAUGACCGGAGAGCUGAGGACCACCGGUCGGCGCAUCGACCGCGAGAAGCUGCCGCAGUGUCAGAUGAUCUUCGACGAGAACGACUGCUUCAUGGACUUCGAGGUGUCGGUGAUCGGUCCCUCGCAGAGUUGGGUGGAGCUGUACGACGGCAAAGUGAUCGUGGAGGACAUCAACGACAACACGCCCAGCUUCCCCUCGCCCGUGCUGACCCUGACGGUGGAGGAGAACCGGCCGGUGGGGACCCUGUACCUGCUGCCCACCGCCACCGACCGGGACUUCGGCCGGAACGGCAUCGAGCGCUACGAGCUGGUGCAGGAGAGCGAGCUGAGCGGCAGGAGGGCGGGGGGCGGCGGGGGGGGCUCGGGCCGGGCAGAGCCGGGUGAGGGGGGCGGCAGGAGGAGGUUUGAGCCCGGUGGCGGCGGUGGUGGAGGGGAGCCGGUGCCGGUGCCGGUGCCGGGCAGGAGCAGCGUGUUCGAGCUGCAGGUGGCCGACACCCCGGACGGCGACAAGCAGCCGCAGCUGAUCGUCAAGGGCGCGCUGGACCGGGAGCAGCGCGACUCCUACGAGCUGAGCCUGCGGGUGCGGGACGGCGGCGACCCCGCCCGCUCGUCGUCGGCGCGGCUGCGGGUCCUGAUCUCGGACGUGAACGACAACAGCCCGCGCUUCGAGAAGAGCGUGUACGAGGCGGAGCUGCCGGAGAACAGCCCCCCCGGCACCCCCAUCCUGCAGCUGCGGGCCAGCGACCUGGACGCCGGGGUGAACGGGCAGAUCGAGUACGUGUUCGGGGCCGCCACCGAGUCGGUGCGGCGGCUGCUGCGGCUGGACGAGGCCACCGGCUGGCUCAGCGUCCUGCACCGGAUCGACCGCGAGGAGGUCGGGCAGCUGCGCUUCACCGCCCUGGCCAAGGACCGGGGCCAGCCGCCCCGCACCGACCGGGCCACCCUGCUGCUCGGCAUCCGGGACGUGAACGACAACGUGCCGGCCGUGGACAUCCGCAAGAUCGGCCGCAUCCCGCUGCGGGCCGGGGUGGCCAGCGUGCCCGAGGACGUGCUGGUCGACACGCCGGUGGCCCUGGUGCAGGUGUCGGACCGGGACCAGGGCGAGAACGGGGCGGUGACCUGCACGGUGGUGGGCGACGUGCCGUUCCAGCUGAAGUCGGCCAGCGAGCCCGAGAGCGAGCAGAAGAGGAAGUACUUCCUGCACACCUCGGCGCCCCUGGACUACGAGGCCAGGAGGGAGUACUCGGUGGUCAUCGUGGCCGUGGACUCGGGCAGCCCGAGCCUGGCCAGCAACAACUCGCUGCUGGUCCGGGUCACCGACGUGAACGACAACGCGCCCGUCUUCGCUCGGACCCUCUUCACCGUACCCUUCGCCGAGAACAACCCGCCCGGUCAGCCGGUCUUCACGGCCCGGGCCGGCGACGCCGACGGCGGCAGGAACGCCGAGCUGGAGUACUCCCUGGCCGGACCGGUCCAGGGCAUCUUCUCCAUCCACCCCGACACCGGGCUGGUGAGCGCCCGGGCCGUGCUGGACCGGGAGCGCACCGAGCGCUACGAGUUCCAGGUGGUGGCCCGGGACAAGGGCAGCCCCAGCCUCCAGGGCAGCGCCGGGGUCCUGGUCCUGGUCACCGACACCAACGACAACGAUCCCACCUUCAUGCAGGACCUGUUCACCUUCUACGUGAAGGAGAACCUGCAGCCCAACAGCCCGGUGGGCAUGGUGACCGUGAUGGACGCCGACCUGGGCUCCAACGCCGAGAUGACCCUCCACGUGGAGGACGGUGGGGGGCUGUUCUCCAUCGACAACGCCACCGGCACCAUCUACUCCACCGUGUCCUUCGACCGGGAGCAGCAGACCAGCUACUCGUUCCGGGUGACGGCGGUGGACGGGGGGGAACCGGCCCGGUCCUCCACCGCCCGGGUGUCGCUCCACGUGAUGGACGAGAACGACAACGCGCCGGCGGUCACCUUCCCGAGCAACGCCUCGUACGCCCUCCUGCCGCCCUCCAGCAGCCCGCGGACGGUGGUGGCCACCGUGCUGGCCACCGACAGCGACAGCGGGGUCAACGCCGACCUGGGCUACGGCAUCGUCGGGGGGAACCCGUUCAGGCUGUUCGAGAUCGACCCGGCCAGCGGGGUCAUCUCCCUGGUGGGCAAACUGGCCCAGAGGCACCACGGGCUGCACCGGUUGGUGGUGCAGGUCAACGACAGCGGCCAACCCUCCCAGUGCAGCACGGCCCUGGUCCACGUCUUCGUGAACGAGAGCGUGUCCAACGCCAGCGCGGUGGAAGCCCAGAUUUCGCGGAGCCUCCACACGCCGCUGAGGCAGGACAUCGCCGGCGACCCGGGUUACGAGCUGAGCAAACAGCGGCUCAGCAUCGCCAUCGGGGUGGUGGCCGGGGUCAUGACCGUCAUCCUGGUCAUCCUGGUCGUGGUCCUGGCCCGGUACUGCCGACCCAAAAAGUCCAAGAACGGAUACGAAGCCGGGAAGAAGGACCCCGAGGACUUCUUCACCCCGCAGCAGCACGACAAGUCCAAGAAGCCCAAGAAGGACAAGAAGAACAAGAAGUCCAAGCAGCCCCUGUACAGCAGCAUCGUGACCGUGGAGGCGUCCAAACCCAACGGACAGAGGUACGACAGCGCGGAUGAGAAGCUCACGGAGAGUCCCGGUAUGGGACGCUACCGCUCCAUGAACGGCGGACCGGGCAGCCCCGACCUGGCGAGACAUUACAAGUCCAGCUCCCCGUUGCCAACGGUGCAGCUUCACCCCCAGUCCCCCACUGCUGGGAAGAAACACCAAGCCGUCCAGGAGCUGCCGCCGGCCAACACCUUCGUCGGCACCGGAGACAACAUCUCCAUUGAAUCGGAUCACUGUUCUGAAUACAGCUGCCAGACCAACAACAAGUACAGCAAACAGCCUUUCCGUCGAGUGACUUUCUCUGUGGUGAGUCAGCCUCAGGAUCCACACCAGGGCUCCCUGCAGAGCUGUUAUGACAGCGGUUUGGAAGAAUCGGAAACACCCAGCAGCAAGAGCUCAUCGGGACCAAGAUUAGGCUCACUCCCACUUCCAGAAGACAACUAUGAGAGGACCACCCCUGAUGGCAGUGUUGGUGAAGCAGAGCAUAUGGAAAAUGAUUCAAGGCCUUUGCCUGAUGUCGCCUUGACAGGGAAAUGUACGCGGGAAUGUGAUGAAUUUGGCCAUUCUGACUCCUGUUGGAUGCCAGUGCGCACCUCGCCUGAGAGACGAAAAAAGAAUCAACCCAAGCUCUCCACAUUCAUGCCUGUCACUGAGCGAGGCAGCCAGGAGAAACUGGCUAAUGGUACCCCUCAGAUUAUAGGCGAUCGCAACCGCAACCUCCUUAACAAGAGGCUGACUUCAUCAUAUGAGACCUUCAACACAGCUAGCUUUCCUAAAAAUGAGGAUGCCAACCCUGAAGAUAUUCCUCUGACACAGACAACAGAUUUCAAGCCAUCCUCUGUCUCUCAACUCACAAGACGAGAGGUUUAUCUGUGAGGAAGCUCAUUCAGUGAUCAUUUAAAAUUGCAGCAAAUUAGGUACACAAGUCAAAGGGGAAAAUUAUAACAUCAGUCAGGACAUCGAUAAAAGGGGGCUGCCAAAGAGAUAUAUCAAUGUCUGCUGUUCCUAUCUCCUCAUCUGGUAUUUGACCAUAUGCCUGACAGUUCUGUAAAUUGUAGUAAUAAUUUCAGCUAGCCAGUUACAUGCAUGCUCUCUCUACUUGCCCUGCCCUCCUCCCCCCUCCCCACACACAAAGCCACAUAAUGAAUUUUAUAAAUUAAUAGGUUGCAAAUGUAUAUAAGGGGGAAAUGUAAUCAAAGGAUCACAGCAGAAGAGUAGUACAGCAUCAACGUCUAUUAUCAAAUGUUACUGUCUCAUUGUUUUGAAGCAUGAUUUCAAUUCCAGGGUGUGGAUUGCCAUGUGUUUUGUGAAACUUUCACUGAAAAACUAAUGCUUGAUUUGGAUGAUGGGCCAGUGUAGAAUUUUCGAAUGUAGUACAAGACGAAUGCAUUCAGAUGGGGAGGGGGGAGGGGGGAGGGAAGAUACUCCUGUUAUCAUUUGGUGAACUACUGCUGCUUCAAGUACAGUACUUUGAUGUGUAUAUUUAAAGUAUGUUUUGUUUCUGGCAUCUUAUAAGCCUUUUGGAGACGUUGCUGAAACAAAGUGAAAGACAUAGGGAAUGUGGAUAUCCAGUUUCUGUGUUGAAUGCUAACAUUACAGAUAGACCUGGGUGAAAGGCACCGAGGAAAUCUUGUACACAUCUGGAAAGAGAAAAUAAAGAGAAACAAAAUGGAAAAUGCAGGAAUGUGGAUUUCCUAUUUCUGUGUUGAAUGCUGACAUUAUUGGUCUACCUGGGCCAAAGGGACCGAGGAAAUGUUGUACCCAUCUGGAAAGAGAAAAUAAAGACAAAACUACAGCAACUGUCCCCUUUGUAUAAGAAAUACAAAUCGGGCUCAUCCAAUAUCACUAUUGCAUUGCUGAAGACAUCAGGACAUAAACAGUCAUAGAUGCAGAGACUGAAUUAUGGGGCUUGUACAAGGAGCAAUUGAUACAUUUAUCAGGGACAUCACUCUUUGAACCUGAACUCAAAUGUAGCUGAUCUGCAAACUAAGGACUGUUUAGUAAGUGAAUACGAGUUCAAAAUGAUGUACUUCAGAAGACCUGCUGUAUUAUGUUGCUCUUGGGUUGUACAGUGAAUGCAACACAAUGCCAAUUACAGACAAUAUAAAUGUCAUGGUUUAGUUUGACUUCUGCAAAAUAAGCAAGCACUGUAAUACUGGACAUUUGAUGGAAACCCUGUGGUUGUAUCCUGGUUAAAUAACAGACCCAUGCAAGCUCUUGUUCUCAUCAUUCAGGAGGUAAUUCUAUACUCAUAAAAAAUAUAGAAUAUGCCAGCCUAAAUAUCUUAUUACACUAUUAUAUUAGUGUGGAUAUAUUUAAGAAUUAUAAUUUGCUCAGGAAGGACAGUAUUCUUUGGAAGACUCCUCUGUAUUACAUUUCUGGUAUCGAACACAUGCUGGAAGAUUUCAGUGGGCAAGCAUGUUCUAAGUUUACCUCAGCUGCAGCAUUGAUUAGGUCAUUAUCACAAGGACUGUUAUAGCACAUAUUGAUGGUUCGUAUAAUUUCUGUACUUCACUGAAAUUAUUUAGCUAUUUCAAUGGCAUCGAAGUUUUAACAGACAAGAAUACCGUACAGUUAAGACAAGCUGGAGCCCAGACUGUGAAUCUGGACUUGAGAUUCUUAGACCUUGGGCACUAAGAGAAUGAACUGAAGUGACACUGAUUUGACUUAAAUAUAUAUUCCAUGGGGUAAGAAUGCUUAAGAACCAACACUAUCCUGAAAGGUCAGCAGCAUAUCAUCUAGUCUGUUUGGAGAUCAGCAGUUCAAUAAGAUACACCAAACUAAAGUGAACGCUUUUUGCUUAAUCACAAAGUUGUUAUUUAAAGAAAGGAAGGAGAGAUGAAAACCAAAGUUCAAAGAUGUGAACUUCAAAGUGGCAUGCAAGACAAAACCUGAUGUUGCUUUGGUAAAGUUUGGACAAAGUACAGCUUUUGGUAGAAUACAAUGCUUUUCAUAAUAUGCAUAGACUUAUUUAAAGUUGUAGCAGCUUGAAUAUUGGUCAAUUAAUCAAUAAAUACUUGUUGCACCCUUUGC